GAGAUAGAAUUAGAAAGUGAACCAUUGAACCAACCAACAUUGAAACCUGAGCUAACGAGCGGGGAUCCAUUUGUAUUGACGCAUUUUAUACUGACCUCAAAAGAGCUUGCUUUCUUUCUUCUUAAUUCCUCAGUCAGUAAUUCUUUUGUGUCCCUAAGUUAUUGUUGCUGUUGUCCUCUUCUCUGUACCUAACUUCCUUUUCUUUCCUCUUUUCUCAUUUCACUCCACUUUCUUAUUAACUCUUCCACAUUUCUUGUUUUCCUUUUCCUAAAGAAAACGGCAAGAAACGAAGUUCCAAAGGAAAGCAACAUCGUAUUGUCCUUUAUUAUAGUUGGUGGCUUGGUGGGUAUGGCCUAAUUUUAGCUUUUCUGGUGCGAGGAAGCAAUUUUUUAGUUUUAUUUUUGGUUUGUAAUACGUUCCUUUACGUGUAGAUUCUUUGUCUUUUAAGUAUAUAUGAGUAUGUCUUUUUAGGUGAUAAUGACAUCCUCUACUGAAUUAUACGAAUGGUUUUAUCUAAACUAAAGUGAGUUUUAGAUGAUUGGUCCAUUCAUUGUUGAUUGACAAGACUGAGGAUAGAAGUACUCAGUACCACUUUCUAUUCUCUUUCUCCUUUGCUACUAUAACUAUUAGCAGUUGGCUUUAUAUUCUGCUGUUCAUAUUAGCUUUCUUAAGGGGCAACUUCUGAAAGAGUCAACUUUUCUUGAGCUUUUGUGUGGUUUGGAAAUGAGAAAGAGAGAGGAAUAUCAUCAUUUAUCAUCAGAAGAUAUGCUGGCUUUUGCAAGUCCUUGUUGCAGUGUCCAUACGACUUCUACUUGCCACACUUUAGUUAGAGAACUUCAGCAAAUAUGGAAGGAUAUUGGAGAGACUGAGGCGGAUAAAGACCGUAUGAUUUUAGAGCUGGAGAGAGAGUGUUUGGAAGUAUACCGAAGAAAAGUUGAAGAAGCUGCCAAUGCAAAAUCAUGCCUUCAUCAUUCUGUUGCUGCUAAAGAAGCCGAGAUUGCAACCUUAAUGGCUGCUCUUGGUCAACUCAAUAUUAAUUCACUGAUACAGCCAGAGAAGAAGUCAGCGUCAUUGAAAGAGCAACUGGCAUUAAUUACACCACUUGUGGAUGAUUUAAGAGUUAAGAAAGAUGAAAGAGUUAAACAGUUUGCAGAUAUAAAGACACAAAUUGACAAGAUAACUAGUGAGCUUUCUGGGUAUUCUAAUAUCGUCAAUGCUGUGAGUUCCUUAAAUCUGGAAGAUCACGACUUGUCACUGAGAAACCUCUCUGAAUACCAAUCUCAUCUUCGUGCUCUUCAAAAGGAGAAGUCGGAGCGGAUCCAAAAAGUUGUGGACUGUGUAAAUGAGGUGCACUCUUUGUGUGGUGUGCUAGGGGUGGAUUUUGACAAAACUGUGAGUGAUGUGCAUCCAAGCUUGUACGAAACAAGCCUUGGACAAUCCACUAACAUCAGCACAAACGCAUUGGAAAGUCUAGACCAGGCCAUCUUCAGACUGAAGACAGAAAGAAAAGUUCGAUAUCAAAAGCUAAAAGAUGUUUCUGGAUUGUUGUUUGAGCUUUGGGCGUUGAUGGAUACAACCAGAGAAGAGAAGGGUAAGUUAUCGAGGAUCACUUCCAUUCUUCGUCUUUCUGAGUCAGACGUUACAGAACCAGGUGCUCUUUCAUUGGAGGUUAUUCAUCAGGUAUCAACAGAAGUUGAGAGGCUAACCAAAUUGAAAGCAAGUAGGAUGAAAGAGUUGGUCCUGAAAAGGAGGGCUGAGCUGGAGGACAUAUGCAACAAAAACCAUAUUGAACCUGAUCCAAGUACUUCAGCCGAUAAAUCUAAUGCAAUGAUCGACUCUGGUCUUGUGGACCCCUGUGAACUGCUGGCAAAUAUUGAAGCACAAAUAAACAAAGCAAAGGAUGAAGCUUUAAGUCGAAGAGAUAUAAUGGAUAGAAUAGAGUGGUGGCUUUCUGCUUGUGAGGAGGAAAAUUGGCUUGAAGAUUAUAACCAGGAUUAUAGACGUUACAGUGGUGGAAGAGGUGCUCACAUAAACUUAAAGCGGGCUGAACAAGCUAGAAUUAAAGUGACUAAGAUUCCAGUUGUUGUUAACACAUUGAUUAAUAAGACACUAGCUUGGGAAGAUGAGAAACAGAAAUUGUUUCUUUACGAUGGGGUGAGAUUGGUGUUGAUAUUGGAGGAUUACAAAAUGGUUAGACAGCAGAAAGAAGAGGCAAAGAAACGGGCUCGGGAUCAGAAGAAACUCCAAGAUAUGCUGCUCUCAGAGAAGGGAACUGUAUAUGGUUCCAAACCUAGUCCAAGAAGAAGCAGCAGCUUUAAUAAGGCAAAUGGUUACCAUGCAAAUGGAAAUGGAUCUGUGACACCCUCACCACGCAGGAGCUCGAUUCCUUGUGCAACUCCAGACCUUUUAACUCCGCGUUCCAACUCAAUGAGACAGAAUGGUUAUUUCAAGGAAAUGAGAAGGCUUUCUACUGCCCCUCUCAACUUUGUGGCUAUGGCUAAAGAAGACACUGUGUCUUUCUCUUCUAUUUCUGGUUCCGAGCCAGAAUCUCCACCUCAACGCUGAACUCACAAAUUAAGUUGCGAGAUGACCGUCAAUUUUUCCACAGUAUCUAUAUCCCAGGCCACAUUCAGAAGAAUACACCAAAAUUUGUGAAUACUGAAGGGAAGGUACACUAGUGUGUUGUUGUGUUGUAUUAGGCAAUUCUAGAGCAAUGAGUAACUUUUUGAGGAACCCCUUGUGCAUGUUGAUGGGUGCCAAAAGAUCACUGACCAAUGUGUACUUGGAACGGAUUUCUUGUUUGAUCGUUUACCUUGUACAUAUAUUUUCUUUGGAUUGUUUAUUUUAGGAUUUCCAUACGCUAGAUCCCAGUAAGAGCUUGUUUCAUGUUACAUUGUUGCACUACUCUAAUUACCCAAUGUAAUAACAAACAAAAAAAGGAAAAAAAUUCAUGUUACGUUGUUGCAUUUCA